CUUUAAACAGCCCUGUUGCCUGUUAUCAAGUGAACUCUUUGCUCUGAAGUGCCAGAAUUGAUUCGUGGUAAGCCCUCUCUGACUGGGAAGUAAAAAAAAUGGAACACAAUAGGUCUGCCUCAAAUGCUGAUAAGAUCCACCAGAAUCGCCUGUCGAGUAUGACAGAAGAUGAAGACCAAGACGCCGCUCUUACCAUUGUGACUGUGCUGGACAAAGUCGCCGCCAUCGUGGACAACGUGCAGGCGAGCCAGAAGAGAAUAGAAGAGAGACACAGGGGCAUGGAAAACGCCAUCAAGUCCGUCCAGAUCGACCUGCUGAAGUUUUCACAGUCACACAGCAAUACAGGCUACAUCAUCAACAAGUUGUUUGAGAAAACCCGGAAAGUCAGCGCGCACAUUAAAGACGUGAAGGCCCGGGUGGAGAAGCAACAAAUUCACGUGACAAAAGUUGAAACUAAGCAAGAGGAAAUAAUGAAGAAAAACAAAUUCCGUGUGGUAAUAUUCCAGGAGGACGUUCAGUGUCCGACAUCCCUGUCUGUUGUUAAAGACAAAACCCUAACUGAGAAUCAAGAGGAAGACAUCGAAGAUAUCUUUGAUCCCCCGGUAGAUCUGUCCUCUGACGAAGAAUAUUACGUUGAAGAAAGCAAAUCCACCAAGCUUAAAAAGUCAGGCAAGGAACACAUCGAUAACAUCAAGAAGGCUUUUUCCAAAGAGAACAUGCAGAAGACACGGCAGAACAUCGACAAGAAGGUUGACAGAAUUAGAACUAGAAUAGUGACCCCGGAGAGGAGAGAGAGGCUGCGGCAGUCAGGGGAGAGGCUGCGGCAGUCGGGGGAGAGGCUGCGGCAGUCGGGGGAGAGGCUGAAACAGUCGGGGGAAAGAUUUAAGAAAUCUAUCUCUAACGCAGCUCCCUCGAAGGAAGCUUUUAAGAUACGUAGCCUUCGGAAAGCUAAAGGUCAGAUGGGGACUGAGGGUCCCCACGAGGCCAGGGAGAUGGGUGUGGACAUCAUUGCCAGGGGCUCGUCUCUGGGCCCCGGCGGUGAGCUCUACACUGACGAGCUCAGUGAAACAGACCGUGAGGAGGCCAGGGUGGGGGGUGCUCCCCACGAAGGAGGGGAAAUCCCGACCCCCGAGCCUUUAAAAGUUACCUUUAAACCCCAGGUGCAGGUAGAGGAUGACGAAUCUCUUUUGCUGGAUUUAAAGCAGUCUUCAUAAAGAGGAAUUAAGUAUAUUUUAAGUAUAAGUCACCUGAAUCAUUCAGUGCCAGUUUAAUUAGUAUAGUCGCUUAACAUUUAUAGGCUAUUUAGGGAAAAAAUAAAUGUUGUGAUGUUUAUUUUUUAUGUUUAACAUCUUAAAGGUAAUACAAAUAUUAUGUGCAUUUCCCAGUAACUUCCCUGGGAAUUCUUUCAUUUUUCCCCGGGGCUUCUAAGGUUCUAGCAGCUUCUUCUCCUGUCACUCUCACGGCAGCUGAGGAUUUUUAAGUGUCUUUCUCUCGCGCACUAGAGAAAGAGGUUCCUGGAGAGGGUCGGUGAGGUGUUCAGUAGUUUAAAACAACUGGAGGGCAAAUUUGUGGCCAUUGUUUGCAAGUGAACUUUCAAUUUUGGUGGCCAGUUUCCAAGGGGAUCACAUCACCCAUAUGUGCAGAUCAACCAUUUUGUUAGUAAAUUAGCAAUCACACAUCUUUUUGAUGCUUCUGCGUAAAAAAGGGAAGUCCUGGACUUGCGCACGUGGUUCUGGCAUCACGGCCGUACUUCCGGUGAGUACUCCUGGUGAGCACUCGGCACUUGCCAGGUGAUAGGCUCCUCAGUGAAGGAGAGGGUGUGCCCGUUCUACCCAACCCCGAGAACGUGUGUGAAGGUCAAAGGGAACGAUGUGCAUUCUGGGGGAACGAGAAACACAGCCGGAGGAACGAGCCCCACUGAUUCCUCAAAGAGGAGUCAAAUUAAUUACACCUUCCGAGAAAGCCCUGAGCACCACGCAGUGAGGACCUAGAUUGGAUGUACGCCAACGCUGGUCUUCUGAAGCCUUUUCACAGAAUCAGGAAUGAAAAAUAAGUGGAUGACAUCCUUUUUUUUUU